AGGUCUUUCUUUCUGUGCUGGGCACAUCAAAACAUUCAAGAGCGUGAGAGAUUUAGUAUCCGUUUGAACUUAUUCAUUCCACUCGCCACUGACCGAUUCACCGAUCUCAUCAAUUCCCACCUGAUUCUUGGGUUUGAAACCAAAGUUAAUUUUUAAUGCAAAUAAUAAUUCAUAUAAAGGAUUGUCGCAUGGCAUGAUCGCACUUUGUUUCAUCGUUUAUCCCUUCUGGAUUUUCUGCUUCAUUUUGUGGGUCCGUGUUUUUUAUAUAAAAAAUUAAAUUUUUUUGCCAUUUUAUUUUUGUGGUUGGGUUGAAGGGAUGUUGGACUUUAGGGAAGGUUCCAGUGUAAAGGGGUUACUAUUUGGGUUCUGGGGUUUGGGUUAGGGCUUAAUUCUGUGGGUGGUCGAGAUGCAAGCCAAUACUGAGUUCGAGGAAGGAGAGGCUUUCUGUUAUAAGGACGAUGACGACCACAUUGACCUUGAUUCUCUAUCUUACAUUGAUGAGAGGAUUCAGCAUGUUCUGGGUCAUUUUCAAAAGGACUUUGAAGGUGGUAUUUGUGCUGAGCGUUUGGGUGCUAAAUUUGGUGACUAUGGCUCCUUCUUACCUACAUAUGAAUGCUCUCCUCCUUUUCGAUCUUGUCCAAAGACUACACAAAAACACUACAGUUCACCGAAACCUCCUAGCAAUCUCCACAUGGUGGCUGCAUUUCAUCACUCAAAAGCAUCUUCAAAUAUGCCUUCUUCUAUGAGGCUUAGAACUGCUUCCCAUAAUGCUCAUCCAUUUCAUAACUUAAGGGUACCUUCGAUAGAUAACUCAGCAAAGAAGAACACAAGAAUUUCUUCCAAUGAAGAAAUGGAGAAGUGCACUUUGAAAGCUCAUUCUGAAAAUAAGUCAGGAAGUUUGACUGACCAAAGAACACUGAAGUUGCGAAUCAAAGUGAAAUCAGAUAUCUUAGCAAAAAAGAAUGCAGCAAUUUACAGUGGUAUCGGACUUGAUAACUCUCCAUCUUCAUCAAUGGGGAACAGCCUUGAGGAAAGUGAAGACAUGCCGCCUGUAUCUCAAGAGACCCCUGAAGAAUCUCCCACAAGCAUGGUUCAGGUUAUGACAUCCUUUGCUAUCCCUGGAGGUGUGCUAAUAUCACCUCUACAUGACAGACCGCUCUACUUGAUAAGAAAGGAUAAAGUUCUUGUAGACAGCAGACAUGUGUCUUCUCUUAAUGGUCAUGAAGAGCAUUAUUCCAUGUCUACUGAUGAAUCAGAUUCUCUUGUGGGGGAUAGACAUAUGUCAAAGAAAAGGAAAGUGACAUCGGUGGACCAAAGUGAGAAACAGCACAUGGAUGUUAACUGUUCUGAGAAUGAUAUGGCAUUACAUAUGAAGAAAAGAUUUGGAAAUAGAACUCCAGAUCGUAAGGACUUUCUCUCUAAUGACUUGAAAUGUACACCUCUGUCAAGUUCAAUUUGUGAUGUUGGUGAAACAACUGAAGUUCAGUGUAAGGCUUUCGAAGUCUCCAAGGGGGUCAAUAAAGAUGGGGUGGAAUGUAGAAUGGUUUUAAGUGAAGCAGCGAAGGAGGAUUCACUGGAGUCAAUAUCUGGUCAGGAUUUUAACAAGAUUCAGAAGCAAAAUACAGGAAAUAGCUUCGUGAAAAUAGUUAUGGAUCAUAAACCGGAAACUACCCAAAAUAAUAAUUCUACUGAUCCUAAGAAUAACAUCAGGUGUAAUGUUUUUGCAAUUUCAAAAAAGGUUAAGCGUGAUGCAGUGAAAUGUAAGGUGGAUCAAGAUACUCAGAAGUGUGAAACUAAUCAGAAAGGAAAGGUAAAAUCUGAGAGCAAGAAUAAGUCAAAAGGUGAACGAAAUCCUGGAAAAGUUAUGACUGCAGCAGAAAAAGAUAGCGUGGGUACUAGUUAUCAUACAGUGGUAACUGAUGGAAAGAGUGCUGGCUUUGGUAUUAUUUCUGGUCAAAGUAAAAUGAAUAAAAUAAAGUCACUGAAGGAUAAUAAGGUCAGACAACGUGGCACAGAUUCAUUGAAUGGAAAAAAUUCAGAAUGGAAAGUUGAUGCAAUAGAUGAAACAGAUGGGCCUCCUCUUAGUAAGGUUACUAUAAAUGCUAACCUUGACAAUGUUGAAGCAAAGAGUGCAUACAAGGUUAAAGUAAAGGAAAAGCUAAGUGACAAUAAAGUGGUUAAUCAGUUGUUAGCUGAGUCAUGCGUAAAAGAUGCUCCGGGUGCAUUUGCUAUUGCUGAAAAUAAACCAACUUCUGAGGUGGUUCCACCAUCAGCAGCAGCUGCACCUCAACUUAUUGAAGAAGAUUGGGUAUGCUGUGACAGUUGCCAAAAAUGGCGGCUUCUACCUAUGGGUUUAAAGCCAGAGCAGCUUCCAGAGAAAUGGUUGUGUAGCAUGCUAUAUUGGCUCCCUGGAAUGAAUCGGUGUAACAUCAGUGAGGAAGAGACAACAAAAGCACUUUAUGCCUUAUAUCAAAUGCCUAUUACUGAGGGCCAAAAUAACAUGCAAAGUAAUGCCACCAGACCUGAAACCAGAGUGAGAUCUGUUGAUGCUCUGCAGCUUGGCCUGAAUUACAAAAAGUCCAGUUCUGAUGGAAUGUUUGAUCAACAAGGAAAGAAGAAACUUGGUAUUAAGGGAAAGGCAAAGACAGGAAUCAAUAACAACAUUCAUCAAUUUUCAAACACUGAAAAGAACAAUGCUCUAGACUCUGUAAAAAAUAGAAGCUUGAUUAACAUGAAUCAGAAGCGUGCAGACUCAAACUGUGUGAAGAAAUCUAGUUCUAAACAUUUGAGUAAGUUGAAAAAUUUGAUAGAAGAGAAAAACACACGUAAAGAGAAAGAAAAGCAAAUGAAUGGAGGUGACAGGAAUUCUGUUAAGUUGAAACUUAAAAUGGAGGCUAAUGAAUACAGAUCUGAAACUUCAAAGAAAUCUAAGACUGAAGAUGUUUGCCAUGCUGAUAAACAACUGAAUUCUGACAUGGAAUUUGAAAAGAAGGAUCUAAAUUCAAGAAAUGGUUUUUCAAGAAAGUCCAGUGGGAAGGAUACGAGGAAAUAUGAUGAUUAUUGUUUGCCUGACAAUCUACAGGACAAGCUGGUAGUUCCAGUAAAGAAAAGAGACCAGGCACAAUUUUCGUCAGAUGAUGGUUCAUUAGAUGCAACUAACUGUACCAAAAAUAGUUUGAUUAAGAAAAGGAAAUUGCGAGACUGGCUCAGUAAUGAGAGACAUAACAAUGCAUUGUCCAUAGAAGGUGACAAGCAAUGUGGGGAGGAGGGCGAAGUAAGUGGAUUUAUGAAGGAGAAGAAGUAUAUAGUUUUGAAUACUAAGGCAAAAUCAGUAACUGAAGGUGAUGAUGAAUUGAGUGGAGAAAGUGGAAUGAAGCAAGGUUUCUUGUCAGACAGCAGGGACCAAAUGACUGUUGGGACAGAGGUGAAAAGUGUUGAUAAGGCCUGGCAGCCAAGGAAGCACCAGAAAAAUGUUACUUCUUACCAAGCUUUGGAUUCAUUGGGGAAGGAUUUGGGCUCUGGACAAAUUUCAUUGGCAGCAACUUCUAGCUCUUCUAAGGUUUCAGGGUCUCAUAAAGCUAGAACUAACCUUGAAGAUGUGAGAGGCUCACCAGUUGAAUCUGUUACCUCGACACCUUUGAGGACUUCCAACUUGGACAGGCGUAGUUUGGCAACCGGGCACAUAUCAGAAAAAAAUGGUGCUAGAAAAGGUGGUCUCUUGUCAAUGAGUUCCAAAAAAAGUUUGGAUAACAGGGAGGGAAAGUUAUCACUGAAACUGAAGGAUAAGAGGGUUUCAUAUAGCCUAUAUCCUACACAACAUGGUCAUUGUGGCAAUGGUUUGCAUCAUGAGGAGAAAGUGAGCAAGAUUAAUCAGGAAAAUGCACUUUCUUGGCAGAAAUCUGGUAAGAUUACAUCAUUACGGGUUAAGGAAAAGGGCAGAAGUUCUGGUCCUGAGGUUAAUAGGGAUAAAGUGAAGGUUUCAGCUUCUGAUAAUGGUUUUUCCAAAAACGGUGAGAGUUAUGAGUCAGCAGGUGAUGCUAGUCAUCACGUUUCUGGUACUGAGACAAGAAAUGAAAUUAAAAAAGGUUCUCCAAAGUUCAACCUUCGCGAGAAAAAUUCAAGGCAUUUGUCAAAAGAAACUGGUAAACAAACUGAGCUAAAACAAAAAGAUUCAGCAAAUUCAGUUCUGAAAGCAGAUGCUCCAUGUAGCACUAACAGAAAGAUUAUCUCUCAGCAGAACCUAAGUCAGAACUUUAAGGAAGAAAACAAAGCUAAUCCGGUAUACACUGGAUCAAGAGAUGGGAAAACUAAAGUUUUCUCAUCUUCAGAGGGUGAAGCAAAAAGGGAAACAUUGUAUGUAGGUUCCAGAAUUGCACCUGGAUCGCAGAAGGGAGAUAUGUCUAAUGGGCAUCCAGCUCAUGCAUCUGGCAAUGGUGAUGUCACCAAGUUAGUGAGAAAUUCAGUUGAUAUUAGUUGCAAUGUUGGAGUUAAUUGCAUUUCAGGAAGUUACGCACCUGAUGGACAGCUCAGUGAGUCAAGUCCCUCGACUACAUAUUCUGGCCAAACUGCCUUUAGCAUUCUGGAAGAAGCCAAAAAACUAAAAGAUUCCGCAGAUCAUUAUAAGAACUCUGGGUUUGAGUUUGAAAGUAAUGAGACUUAUUUUAAAGCUGCCUUGAAGUUUCUGCAUGGAGCAUCACUUCUAGAAAAUUGUCACAGCGAGGGUAGCAAGCACAGAGAGACGAAUCAAAUGCAAAUAUAUGCUACUACUGCUAAACUUUUUGAAUCCUGUGCCCGUAAAUAUGAAAGACGCCAAGAAAUGGCUGCAGCUGCUUUGGCAUAUAAAUGCAUGGAGGUGGUAUACAUGAGACUGGUUUACUGUAAACAUUCUAGCAUAAACAAGGAUUGGCAUGGGUUGCAAUCAACUCUACAAAUGAUUUCUCAAGGUGAAUCUCCUUCAUCUUCUGCAUCUGACAUUGAUAAUUUAAAUAACCUGGCGGUACUGGAUAAGGCUACUUUGAAAAGGGGUACUAAUACUCAUGUUGCAAAUAAUCAAGUCUUAUCUGCUCAAAAUUGCCCAAAUAUUGUCAGACUUCUCAAUUUUACUCAAGACAUAAGUUUUGCAAUGGAGGCUUCUAGAAAAUGCCAGAGCACUUUCAUGGCUGCCAAUUUGAUCAUGGAAGAGGCACAGAAUAGGGAUUGCAUAACUUUGAUUAGGAAGGUUGUUGAUUUCAACUUCCAAGAUGUAGAUGAGCUUGCACAUCUGGUUUUGAUUGCAACAAAAGCAAUAACUCAUGCUGGUCUAGGUGGUGUUAGAGAUUAACUCAAUACUGUAUAUAAUGUGUAAUUGUUCAGGUUCUUCUUAAUGUGAAUAGGGGCACAAUUCUCUCACCCUCAAAUUUUAUGGGUUAGAAAGAGGGAAGUGAUUCCCUCUUGUUAAGUGACAGAGGAUGGAUAACAUGUAAUCGUUCAGUGCUACAUUCUUUGCUCCAAUAAUUUGGAGCCUCAGAAAAAUGAAAAUAGAACCAGCAAAUGUUAGGCAACCAGUUUUGAGGUCUUUGGAUACUGAUAUAGUCAUAACCAGUUUAAGUAACACCUGUUUUCCUGUUAUCAUAGUGAAGUUAUGAAUAGUUAGAAAUGCUUGCAGAAAGGUUUCUUUUGUGUCUCAUUGGUACAAACCUAUACAUUGGUCAUGCCAACUUUUGGAAUAAAGUAUUCACAGAUAUCCAGGGAAGGUGCUUUGUGAGGAAUAUUAGCUGGUAAUGCAUUCUAUGCUUGAUCAAGGCUUGCAAGUUGAAGGCUUUGUCCCCUAUGCCCCUAUCUGAGUAUAUUGAUAUCUCUAUCAAUUCUGCUUCUUUACAUUGUCUCGCAUACUGAGACA